AUGGUGUUCGGGGAUCUCCCCGAUUCAAACACUGACAGCAGUUUCUUCGCCAGGACGGGUAAACCGGCUUUUGCUGCCCAACUCGAAAGCCUUUCUGCCUGGUCGAACCUCGAUUCUGCAAUUCGCGUUGGUUAUUGUGUGCGUUGGCAAAAAAAUUUUUUUUUUUUGUGAGAGGGGUGGGUGGGUGGGUGGGAUCAACCUUUCCUAAAGGUUAAACACAACUGGAAUGAGGGAAUUUCUUAGAAUUACGGAUGCGCGCGUUUGACGCGAGUUUACUGUAGCUAAAUUUGUGUGGUGUGUUUCCGCGUGAGACCCCGAUGGUAAAACCUUCGGUCUCUCUCUCCAAACAAAAUAGUAUUUAUCUUUCCAGUUCGUUUCAACAUAAAUUCAUUUUGUUUUCUGAGGAGACCGAAGUGUUUAUUGGCAGGGAAAUGCAAAGAGUGUGCACUGACUCCUCAUCGAAAAGGAAUUUCUUUUUUGGGAAUAGGCCUAUCUGAAAAGUCUAGAAAUACGAAAAUAAAAGGAGAUUUGGUAAAUUGCGAGUUGAACGCUUCACCGGGUCCGCCCAAAUCAAAAAUUUUUGCUCCCGUCGGCUCUUUCAGGUUCUUCGAAAAACGGGAUUUUCAAUCCAAAUUUCAAGGUGCUUUCUAGCCAUGGUGAGGGUUGAUCUUUUCUCCAUUCUUUUAAGUAGUUAUGUAUGCUACCGGCUAUGAACUUACCUUCAGAGGUAUUUGUUUGGGCACUGUCUGGCCCAGUGAGACCGGGAGCCGCAGUUGAAGCAUUCACUUGCGGUGAUGUUUUCGACGCGAGCUCUCUUAGUUGGGAUGGGGUCACCUCGAAGGCGGAAAGAAUUUUGUGUAGGAAAUCCGUUGCUUGAUGGUGGUGCCGGAACGUUGGAAUCCAUGAGGCUGGGGAUUGGGGCCGCCCGCUGCCAUGAGACGGCACCGAAUCGGAAGGGCUUGCGCAGUCUUUUGGCGUCGUCUUCUCGAGGAAUUCAUCUAGCCACGGGAUUUCGGUUUUCAUCCUCUCUCUUUCCUCCUUCUCUGCCAUGAACUUAAAUAUCUCUGGCCUGGUGUCUCCAACUUUGAGCACUUGGUUCCGUUCCGAGAGGGACGCAAGGAGGUUGUGGGUCUCUUUGUCUCGUUCGUCCUUCGUCAGCUUUUCCAGGGAGCUUAUUCGCUUAUACAGAGAUGAGUUGAAAUCAAACUGGUUUUUUAGAUCCGGAUUCGAGAAUCGAGGCGUGGCUUGGGGUUCGGGUGCACGGGAGCUUCCUUCUACUUUGUCCGUUAGGGAAUGUAGGAGUUGUCUGAACUGUUUCCCUCCGAAAGCUGCGGCUUUGGCGCUGGGUCUGUCAUCCUGUAAACAAACAGGUCAGAGUUUUAAAAUUUGGAGUUAUGUUGCCAAUAUGGAGCGGAAAUGCGCGCGACAAGAAAAACUAAGGAAAUUUUGAAUGGGGGCAGUUUCUUCCGGUCAAGACGCGAGGGACGGAGUCAAAAAGGAUAGCAAAAGGAAAAACGUAGAAAAGUGAAAAAAAUUUUUUUUUCGAUUUUGGGUUCAAAUUGCGGGGGGUUCGAGAAUAAAUUAGGACAGGAAAGGGGGGAUACGAUGAGCAAAACUGUGCAAUAAAAAGAGCACAACCUUUCCUAAAGGUUAAACACAACGGGAAUGAGGGAAUUUCUUAGAAUUACGGAUGCGCGCGUUUGGCGCGAGUUUACUGUAGCUAAAUUUGUGUGGUGUGUUUCCGCGUGAGACCCCGAUGGUAAAACCUUCGGCCUCUCUCUCUCCAAACAAAAUAGUAUUUAUUAAAUCGUUGACUUGGAAGGCGGGAUGAGUAUACUGUCCAGGGGGAAGCGUGGCGUACGCGACGCGGCUUUUUGGAAGGAAGUCGCGAUCAAAUGCAAGCCAUCAUUUUUCUGCUUUUUUGAUGAUUACUAAUGAAGUGCAAGAAAAAAAAUACCUAUAAUAAUCAGAUAAUCAGGCCGUUUUCUUGUCUAGUUAUCGUAUAUAAUAAUUAGAUUAUUUGCUUUUCCCUUUCAGCUAUCUUGGAAUCUCAACUCUUACGUGUAGCUGGAGAAUCCCGUUUUCUCAAGUUUUUAAGUUAGAUUUCGUCGUACGAUGAAAAAGGAUAAAAAUGUUGAUGGUGAUUAAGGCGAAUAAUAUAGAAAAGUUAUUAAUGAUAAGAGUUUAUUUUGCGAAGAUACGAGUUUACCUUUCUUGGAAUAUUGCAGUAUUUCAUCUUCAAGACGGUGCACGAGUUCUCGCCGUUGACAUGCUCGAUUGUGACGACGACGCGAAAGCUUUUCACCAUAAUCAUUUCGGUUGUCUUCAUGAACCAUCCACUCUCCACACGCCAGUCCUACGCCACUGCUGUCGUAUUUUUGGCUCUCACUGUGGACGCCGUCGACGGCAAACUUUCGCAGUCCAAAAAGAAACAGUCUAUCGCCUGA